AUGGAAAUAAUGAGGUUAUGGAUUCCAAUCCUGUUUAUGUGUUCCUCAGACAUCACAGCAAAGGAGUUCAUUGAACUGAGAGGGAAGCAGCGGAGCCGCUACGAGCUGCUGGUUGACUUCUUGUCCGAGAUGCUCUCUGUUCCACACGAUGAAGUCAACAUCUUCAGCUUAAUGGAUGUAAACGAGCGGAUGCUGGAUGUUCGCUUUGCGGUGCAAAGCGGACACUCUCUGCUCCAGCCUGAGAAAAUGCACGGUUAUCUGGCUGCCCACAAACAAAAGCUCCAGUCAUUCCUUCAAGUCGGUGUGUUCCAAGUCCGUGUGGAUGAGUGUACGAGUUCCAAUUGUGCUGGAACGGGUGGCUGCACCAACGUUUUGAGCGUCAGGGACAUGCCCACAGUGGUGGACUGCGGGACUAUGAGUCUAGUGUCAGUGACGGUGGAAUCCACCGCUGUGUGCUCCUGCCAAGGUAGAGAGCAGCAACAUCAAUCCUGCUCUACAUAUCCCAGAAACCCCUGCUUCAACGGUGGAGUGUGUGUGGACACGCAGCACGGCUAUAGGUGA